CUACGAACAAGACAAUUUGCUACACACAUUUUUUUUGCUGUGAAUGAAGUUGGUGUUUUUUAUGAAAAAUUUACACAAGAAAAUUUUUGCAUAAAAUUUUAAUUGAUAAAGAAAAAGUAAAAAAAGUGUGAAAAUAAAUUUGACAGAUUUAAAGUUACUACUGAAAUUUUAUAAGAAAAUAAAAUUCUGUUUGAAAAAAAGGAAGAACAAGCACAGCACCAUCAGAAACCACAAUACGGCAGCACGCGUCUCAAAUUAUUUGCAAUAUUUCAAGAAAUUGUUGAAAUUCAUUUGUUUGGAUUAGCCAAAGGCUAGUAAAAGUAAUAUAUACUACAUCGACUGGGCAUGGCACAACAUACAACUGUGUCUGCUUUGGCAGACGAAUUAUCAAAAGCUGUAGAGCUAAUCAUGCAUCCACAGACAACUCAGCAAGCCCGUAUGGAGGCGUAUAUGGCAUGCGAACGAUUUAAGGAGGAAAGUCCUCUUUGUGCUCAAGUCGGUUUAUUUCUCGCUAGUGGACAAUAUACGCAAAAUGUUAAGCAUUUCGGUCUCCAACUGAUGGAGUACACCAUAAAAUUUAAAUGGAAUUGUAUAUCACAGGAAGAAAAAUUAUUCAUUAAAGAGCACGCCAUGAAGUUACUUUUAAUGGGCGUCGGACCGGCAGAAGAUCGUUCACUUUCACAUCUAAAAGAUGCAGUGUCGCGUAUUAUAGUGGAAAUGAUUAAGAGAGAAUGGCCACAACAGUGGACCACAUUGUUAUCUGAGUUAUCGGAUGCCUGCACCAAAGGGGAGGCUCAAACGGAAUUGGUGCUGUUGGUAUUUCUGCGUCUGGUGGAAGAUGUGGCGCUUUUACAAACCAUCGAAUCAAAUCAAAGACGAAAAGAUAUGUACCAGGCAUUGACCAAUAAUAUGAAUGAUAUAUUUGAGUUUUUCUUGCGUCUCAUCGAACUGCACGUGACCUCAUUUCGUGAGGCCACUGGUCAGGGGCAUUUUCAAAAAGCCAAUGCUCACAGUCGAGUUGUAGAGGUUGUUCUACUAACCUUAACUGGUUUUGUGGAGUGGGUCUCUAUAAAUCAUAUCACCUGUAAUAAUGGCAAGCUUUUGCAAAUCUUGUGCAUUCUCUUGAACGAUAAGGCUUUCCAGUGCAAUGCAGCUGAAUGUCUCUCACAAAUAACAAAUCGUAAGGGUCAGGUGAAGGAACGUAAACCUUUGUUGCUGCUAUUUGGCGAAGAACCAAUGCGCUACAUAUUCUCGGCUUCACAAAUGAUACCUACAGACAGCAGUGUAGCUAGUUUGGAACAAAAUCAUCAAUUUCUGAAAAAACUUGUUCAAGUCCUUAGCGGCAUGGCCCAACAGCUGGUGCUGCUAUGGGGCAAAGAGGAAGGAACCAUUCAAAGACCUCCCCAUUUCGAGAUAUUCCUGGAAUGUUUGCUAUAUUUGGUGCGACACUCUUCACUUAAUGUGGCCCAUGGUACUGCUUUAAUAUGGAAUGUUCUGUUAAAACAUGACGCUAUCUCCAAGGAUCCCAGCUUAGUUGUCUACAUUCCAAAAAUAAUUGAUGCCGUAACUCCUCGCAUCAUCAAGACCCCUUAUCCAACAGCCCGAUGCUUAACUGGAGGCGGUCCAAAUGUCGGCUCGACAGCAUCAUACAUCUGCCUGGACUAUGACUCUGAAGAGGAAUUUGCAGUUUUCUUUUAUAGAUGUCGAACGGAUUUCUUGGAAAUAUUUCGACAAUCCACUCUAGUACAACCGCUAGUAACGUUUGCCUAUUGUGAGCAGUGGUUAAAUCUUCGGUUGUCAAAGGCUCAUUCGGAACGUGGCAAUGUGCAGUGCAGUGUCUUGGAUCCCAGCUAUUUGGAAUGGGAAGCUCUCGUAUCGGUGCUUGAUGGUGUUCUCAGUCGCAUUUUAAUGGUAGCGGAACGUCCUUCAGUGCAGGCUGGUCUGCGAUUGUUGGAAGACUGCUUGAAACUGGAUACCGACAAUCCAUUGACUCUGUCCAUACUUCUGUCGUGCAUUUCAGCUCUAUUUGUGUUCCUAAGCAUGUCAUCGUGUCAAAUUACGCCCAACAAUUGUGUGGCAAUGAGUGGAGUAUCAUUGUUGCCAAGAGUUUUAGAGAAAAUUUUCAAUGCUUUGAUAUUCCGAGAUCCCAACGAUCCAAACCCAUCGCAUCAACAGCCAUUGACACCGCGAGUGCAGGCCUGUAAAAAUCUUCGUCGACAUGCUGCUUCGCUUAUUGUGAAACUGGGUCAUAAGUAUCCUCUACUAUUGUUGCCCGUUUUUGACCAAAUCAAUUCUCACGUAAAGUCUCUGUUCCAACAGCCGCAACAUCCCAUUAGUAAAAUGGAUCGUGUGACUCUGCAGGAGGCUCUACUGCUUAUCUCCAACCAUUUUUGUGAUUACGAACGGCAGUACGCAUUCAUAGGAGAAAUAAUGCGUGACAGCUUGCCUCAUUGGUCAGCCUUUUCGCAUGCUUUUAAGUCUGCCUUAGACUUUAUGCAUUUCGUAGGCUUGGACCAGACCCCCAUAUAUCCCAUCGAAAAUGAUCCUUGUGGUCCCCAUCGUAGUACACUCAUUGACGCCCUGUACAUUGUGCUGGGUGUGAUCAAACGCUGCACUUGGCCCGAUGAUCCUGAUCGAGCAUCACGUGGUGGUUUCGUAGUCGGCUUUACUGAACUUGGCAAUCCUAUAUGCCGCAAUCCGGCGUCACCGCAUGUCAUACCAUUGUUGCCACACAUAUUGUCGCUUUUGCGUGUUUUAAAUGAACUGUUCAAACAGGAGGCUGUUUCGGGACUCUCUGAAGGUUAUCGCAAUAUACACUCUAUGCUGGAACAUGAAAAGAAAGUGCUUAUGGGAGUCUGUGCAGUGCCAGCAGAUCCUUUGGAUCCUUCGGUCAAGAAACCACCAACGCCAUUCGAUAAAAUGCAACAAUUUAUGACUCUACUGUAUGAAGGUUGCUACCACAUGAUGGGAUCGGCUGGUCCGUCUCUUGGACGUGAUCUCUAUCAACUGGAGGGCGUAGCAGAUGCAUUAAUUAAUAGCGCCUUUACGUGCUUAGAGGAUCUGCCAGAUUAUCGACUACGUCCUAUUGUGCGUGUAUUUUUCAAACCGUUUGUUUACUCCUGUCCUCCGGCAUUUUACGAUACUGUCCUACUGCCCAUCUUUGCCCAUAUAUCGCCCAUUAUGUUUAAUCGCUUGACUACGCGUUGGGUUUACAUUACAUCUCUGUACGAGUCGGGCCAACUUAAUGAGGAAGAACAAUCGAACGACACCCAGGAAGUACUCGAAGACAUGCUUAAUCGUUCGCUAACACGCGAAUAUUUGGAUGUUCUCAAAGUGGCUUUAGUGGGAGGGCAAAUUGGACCCGAUAAUAGUACUGCCAACAAUGCCACAUCCACUUCUAAUCUCCCCUCAGAUGUGACAAUGGAUGCUGAAGAACAUUCCAUGGACGGUGUAGCCCACACAAGAGCCGCCCAAGCCGCUUUACUUUCCGACAUCAUUAGUGAUUUAGGUGCUAAGCUGCUGCGUAACCCAACCACUACCAAUUACAUAUUAAUGACACUACUCGGUGCUCUUUCUUGGAACGAUGGUACAUGCAAUCUUAAAGCAGUAAAUGUUUCUGCUCCGGUCAUGCGUUUCUUAGCAGCGGAGCAGUUAAUGGAUGCCAACAAGGCCGUAGCGGCCUUCACAGCCGUUUUGCGCGGCCUCCAAGUGCACGGCCAACAUGAAGCCAAUCAAGCUGGCCUCAUUACCCUGGGUGUACAAUUCUAUGAACUUUUGCGUCCCAAAUUCCCAACACUGUCCGAAGUACUGCAAAGUAUUCCGAAUGUUUCAUCGGCCGACGUUCAAAAGUUCGAUGAAAAAAUUGCCGUUGCCCCCGUCAAGGGCAACAAGGUGGAUAAGGCAAAAAAAGAUUUAUUUAAAAAGUUAACCGCACCUCUCGUAGGACGCAGCAUUAAUCAACUAUUUCGUCAUGAAAUCAAAAUAGCGAAUUUGCCACCGAUGCCAUCUCAUAAAUUAAAAAAUUCGUCGGCCGACUUAAUAGACACAAAUCAAAAUUCUGGUCUAUCCAGUCUAUUCCAGACACCAAAUAAUAAGUGACACCCAUUGUAAAAUAUAUAAAAAUUAUAUAUAUUUAAUAACUAUGAUAUGCAUGUAUAUCAAGCGUAAUUUAAAUCAGAUGUAUUGUUGAUGAAACAUUUAAGUCGAAUAGUCUAUUAUAACGAAAUUAUGGACUUGCAACAAACUUCAACAAACAACCCUAAAAUUCCUGAGUAAAACUCUUAACUAAGAAAAGUAUCAUUGAUGAUAAUGAUUUAUGAUGCUCUAGCAAAUAGUUAUUUAUUAUGUUUAGCUAUUUUUUUUAUAUUGUAUUUACCCGAAUUCAAUUAAACAAAAUUUGAAAGAUGCUGGUUAUGAUUUUGAAAAAAAAACAGCAAGAAAACACAUUAUACAAUAUAUAAACUAAACUACUUGUUAUGUAUGUUUUGGAAUCAUUAUGUUUUUGGUUAAUUUCAUUUUAAUGUUAAAAAUUUAUUUAUCCUUUAUUUCCAUUGUUUAAUUUUAUUGGAGAUUUUCCAGUUUUUUUAAUAUAAAAUUUCUGUUGAGAGGAAAUUAUUUUUACAAACAAACAAAAUUAUUGAAUAGAAUUAUUUUAUAAAGAAUACGCAUACAAUUGAAUAUUUAAAUUUAAAUUAUGUAAAUGUAAAGCUAAGAUUUUUUUAUUAAAAUUAUUAUUAUUAUUUAUGAAAUAAGAAAUCAAAUACAAAACGAAAAUAAAUUUAAACGAAAUUAUUAUGAAAGCAUAUAAAAAAUUAGUACGCUUUCUGGUUUCAUUUAUUGUUUAUCUAA